AGUUCCACGCGAAACCCUUGGGUGAGUGGUUGGUUUUCUGGUACUGGAACGUUGUACAAGAGUCUUUCCUUCGGGCAAAACGUAUCUCUUUGAGCCUGCAUUUGGGAAUUUUUGCUUAGUUCCUGUGUAGGAAAUCCUCAUGUGAGAUAUUUUUCUGUCGUAAGUGAUUUUAAGUGUUCGCCGUGCAUUUGAUGCAUUUGAGAUCGGAUUGCGAAUUGGUCUUUCAAUUUAAUCCAUCUGAGUGUUGAGAUCUUUUUGAGGGUGUGGAUUCCUUUUUGCAGAAUACUCUGCAAGAGAGGAACCAAGAAAAAGUGAGUUUGGUUUUUUGGAAGAAGAGUUGGUAGACUAGUUUUGGUAUUGGUACAAGAAAUGGGCGAGGAGGUUGGAUUUUGAUGGAAGGCAGAAAGAAAAAUUACCAAGUUUCUUGUGUGCAAAUUUCAUUGAAGACUUGGUGAGUUGACGACGGAAGUGAUUAUAUGUGACUCUUCUUUCUUGCCUUUCUCCCCCAUUUCCGCCCAAAGGGAAGUCAACCAGAAUUUUGUGGAUUUUUUUUUCUCUUGAAAGUAGGUGAAAGGGGUGGUAUAAAAAAUCGCUGAUGUUUUCACUUUUCAAUUUGCAAAGCAGUCAAAAAAACAUCAUAAUCCGCGUUGACAAUUUGAGAAGAAGACCAAAGAAAAAAUAAAAUUGGAACAAAUAGUUAAACAAAAAUAAAUAUGAUUGUUGUAUACUUUUGAAUUAUCUGUCAGUGGAUUAAAAUGUCUUUGUUGAAGAAAAAUCAUUGAGAAGAACAAUUUGGCAAAUGAAAUAAUAAGUUUGUGCUUCCAGGCAAAAGAAGAAUUUCUUUAUGGAAAAAAAUAAACUAUUACAUUGAGGAAUAUUCUCGUGCUAUAGUGACUGCGGGAGUGUAAAAUAGUAAUAAAAAAAGAGUGAAAUAGCAGAAAUAACUCAAGUGUAUCAGAUUUUAUUUCCUUUGGUAUAUUUUGCUACUUUGGGGGCUUCUUCAUUGACGAACGACUAUAGCAAAAGAAUUGCGCCUAGCAGUGUGAGUUUAAUAUUUUUAUGUUCACCCUCAAGAACUUUCGAGGGUACUAAAAAAGUGGAUGAUUGCGAUAAAAUACAGUGCAAAAUAAUACAAUACAGUGUGAGAAAAUAAUUUAAAGAAAAAAAAAACGACGACGUCGAGGGUGCCCCUGAAUGGAUAAUUGCAGACAAAAGAGCCACUAGAGAGAAGGCUACAUUUACUCCUGAAAUGCCAUUAACCCAAUUACUUGUCGUCGGAGUUUUGCUGACACUCCUGACUGUCGUGGCUGGAGCUGGAUACCGAAAAUGCCCUACAGAAUGUGCCUGCAGUUCCGAUUUCAAAGGGCGCCAUCAGACCGUUUGCAUUGGAGGUGGAAUGAAUGAGAUUCCUGUGACGUCAAUCGACAGAGAUACUCAGGUGAUUGUCAUCCGAGGCCCCAAGAAUCACAUUAGCAUUGGACCGAUCUUCAAGGAUUUCCGGUAUCUUGAGGUGCUCCGGGUGACUGAUUCCCUUGUUCCUGCAAUUGGUCAGCACACCUUUUGGGGCGUAUUGAAUCUCAAGGUACUGGAUCUGAGUCGAAAUAAUAUCACAAGCAUACGAGAGGACAAUUUUAGGGGGCAAGACAAUCUGCUGGAAUUGGAUUUAUCCAGUAAUAAGAUUGUCCGGGUGCCUAGUGCUUCUUUUAGAUACUUAACUGACUUGAGAAGCCUGAAUUUGGCCGAUAAUUUUCUGGAAGAGCUAGUUCCUAGGCAAUUCCUUAAUCUAGCCAGUCUCAAGUGGAUUGAUCUCAGCGGGAAUCCUCUGGUAGAUCUGAAGCCAGAGGUUUUCAGGGAUGUCCAGGAGUUGAAAGUUCUUCGAUGUCGUCGGUGUCAAUUGAAACAGAUAAACCCCAUGUUCUACUCACUUCUCAGACAACUCACUGAGCUCGAUUUAGGGGACAAUCACUUUAAGUAUCUCGACAAAGAGGAAUUUACGUACCUCAAACGACUCAAUACUCUUCGUCUGGAUGGAAACCAGCUUUCUGUCUUGGUGGAUUAUUUGUUUGAGGGUCAGAGGAGCCUCCAGCAUCUAGAUGUAUCACGUAACCGAAUUGUCAAGAUUUCCAGUAUGGCCUUUGAGAAUCUUAACAAUUUAACCCACCUGGAUUUGUCGUACAAUAAGCUACUGGGGUUGGAUAUUGACAUUGCCACUCGACUGACCAGCCUCAAGGUUCUCAAUAUCAGUGGACAUUUGCAGUUGGAUCUUGUAGAAAGCAAAUUCGCUUUUCAGUUGUUGGAGAGUUUGACGACACUUUCUGUGGCCGACAUGGGUUACCUGCCAGCCUCUCUCUUCAAGAGUCUUCCCCACCUCCGGGAGCUCAACAUUUCGGGAAAUCACCUCAAUGACAUCAGCCUGGAAAUGUUGCUCCCUGUGACCAAACUCGAACGCCUCGAUGUCUCUCGCAAUCAAAUUAAAGGUAUCGAUAUGCGCAUCGUGAAUCUCAUCGUGAAGCUUGAGGAUGUCAAUCUAGCCUACAAUCCCAUCACCUGCGACAGAUGCCACAUGGGAGCUCUCAUCGAUAGAGCACACACGCUCAAGUGGAGCAAACUUCCCAGUUGUUUCCUGCCAGAGAGCCACAGAGGCACCGAAAUUUCCGACAUUGAUGGUGCUGGACUCGACUUCUGUAUGUCUCUCGACGAUGAGGAGGAUGAGGACACAAAUGCCGCAAGCACGUCUCGGAACAUCCUCAGCCAAGGCAGCCUCAAUAUUUUAGCCCUAAUAGCGGGAUUAGUGUUCAUCAUCGUCGCGGUUCUCAUUGUUGGCAUCGUCGUCUGCUACUCCCGCCACCGGGCCAGAUACUACACGCAUGAGGACAAACGAGAUCUUGGCGCCACGGAGAAGAGCAUCGAUCCACCAGCCACAAUCACCAGCAAUGAGAUCAAUUUCAAAUUUCCCAUUGAUGAUCAUGUCUGCAUCACAGAUGAGCUGUGCCUCCCACCACCACCACCCCCACCUACAAAACAAGUCCCAACUCUGGGAUGAGAUGAACCACUGCCCGGACAAUCCGGAAUAAAAGGUCAGUUUGUGAGCAACCGUGAAAAAAAUCGGUUGAAUCUUUAAUAAAAAAAAGGAAAAAAAAAUCACUAAAGUGAGCAAAGAAUUCACGUGAUAUGAUAGCUUCUUAAAAAAAGCAUUUUGGAGUGUCAUUCCUGUGAAAAAUUGUGUCCCUGAGAUGACUUACAGAAUCCACCACUUGAGAUCCACAAGCAAUUUCCAACAAUUCUCCCCUAUGAUGAAAUGAAGAAAAUCUCUCAUAAAUUGUGCCAUUUGAAAAAGGGUUGUCAUUUUAUUGCUAAAUUUAAUUUUAUCCUCCAUAUCGAAGCAUUUCACGAUAAACCUUUAUUAAUAUUCUAACCUUGUCAUUUAAUUUUAAUUUCUAAAUUUGAACUUUCGGAUUUGUAUAUUUUUCAUGUCAGUAAUUUGCGCAUAUUUUAUUAGCUUUUAGCACAAUUGUACAACAUUUUAUACAGUCUUCAUCUGCAUAAUUGUUGUUUAUUAUUACAUUAUUCUUACAAAAUAAUUCAGUAUUCAUGGGUGGAACAAAAACUCUUGCAAAAUAACAAUACAGAUUGCAUCUGGUUUGGAAAGUGAAAACAACAAACACUAAAAUAAUUUAUAGGUGAACCUGAAAAAAGCUUUCCUUGUUUUUCAAAGAUAUGCAACAGUUUUAAAUGAAAAUGCAGGAAUGCUUUCCAAACAAUUUGAAAAACUUUCAAGUUCGUCAUGGCAAAUCAUAAUUCAAAAGUAUUUUGUGAAAAUAGCCAAAAAAAUACAAUUAUCAACCUAUAUUGGUCAGUAAAACUAAUAAAAAUGUCCAGAAGAAAAUAUUGAAAAUUAAAUCAAUUGAAAAUAAUUUUUCGUCAUUAAUUUUUCAAGAGCAAUCAUUAAAAAGUUUAAAUGACAACUAAUAUAAAUUAUUAGAAAAAAAUGUAAAUUAUGUAAAGAUAUCUACAAAGUUGUAAGUUAUCUUUAUUUUUUACUAUUCAUUUGUUUUUGGUCGUAAAAAUUCAAUUCAAUCAUCAUCAAAAAAUAUCAAAUCAUUUUUCAAAUUUUUAUUGCACUAUUAAACUUAUCAUCUCUUAAUCUUAUAGCUUUAUAUAUCAAAUUGACUAAAAUAGCUAUAUUAUUCAAAAAAUAAUAAUAAUAUCUAUUUUAUUUUAAUAAAAUAGCUAUUAUUGAAUUUAUCGUUCUUUUUUUCAGAGCAAAAUUGAAAAGAUAAAAUGAAAAUUUUAAAUUAACGAAAUUUGGUUACGUUUUCGUAUGUUGAAUUUUAUUUCUAUUUGAAUGUUUUGUUUUAAAAUCUAUUUAAAACUUUCAUAAAAAUAUUUAAACUUAGAAAAAUGCAAUUAGGUCAAGCUUGAAAAUUAUUUUGGUAAUUGGCUUGAUAAUUUGCUUGAUUUUCAUUACUGCAAGGAAAGAUCAAUUUAAGUUAUUUUCGUAAAUUUCUAUAAAUAAAUAAAAAUUGAUUCCUGCCAAGAGUCUUAUUAAAAGCAUAUUAGUCUUUUUAGUAUUGCUUUUAUGAUAGCUCAGGUUUAAUUUUUAACAGAAAGUGGAAUUUCAAAAAGUGAAUUAUAUCGGCUUUUUUUUACCCAAAAAUUAGGGAAGCUAAUCUUGUACCACCGGAACACUUCUUGAAAAAUUUCACUUAAUUAAUGAUUUAAACUAAAAAUAUCAAAAGAAUUUUAAGAGCUUUUUGAACAAUAUUGAUUGUAUUUAAGUACAGAUAAUCGCCAAUGAACAAGUGGCACUUAUAUUAUGCAACCUUUACCGGAAUAGAGAUAGGAAAUAGUAAUGUAAUAGGGAUGCACUGGAUGGAUCGACCCCGAAGAUUGGAUCAUCACUCAAAAAAAAUGUUUUUUGAAAAUUUGUCGUAGGGUUUUACGAAAUAUCUUUCGCAUAAUAUGUUCGAAUUUCGAAUGGUGUA